UUUACGGCGCAAACUCAACCAUUUGGUGCUCUUCUCCAUUUUGUGUAAAGAGUCGAAAAUGGCAUCGAGAAUCCUUACUUUGGGAUUACGAUCAUUAAAGAAACCUAUUCCAUUGGGUUAUUGUGCUGCUAGCGAUCACAGCGCUGCCAGUGAAAUUCGUGCAUUAAUUGGAAACCGUGAAGUUGUUGGUUUUGGACAUAAUGGACAACCUAAUUAUGUAGAUAGCCCCUCAUUUCCAUUACCAGCUAUUAGAUGGAAAGAACCAACCAAAGAUAUUCUUGCUUUAAAAGAAAAGGAAAAAGGAGAUUGGCACAAACUCUCCAUUGAAGAGAAAAAGGCUUUAUACAGAGCAAGUUUUAGACAAACCUUUUCCGAAUUUAAAGCUCCAUCAGGUGAAUGGAAAUCCAUUUUUGGUUUUGCUUUAUUCUUCGCCAGUUUAGGAUUGUGGAUGUUUAUUGCACUAAAAGUGUUCGUUUAUAACCCACUUCCGAUUUCGUUUGAUGAAGAACAUAAACGUGCUCAAUUGAAGAGAAUGUUAGACCUUAAAAUGAAUCCAGUUACCGGUAUCGCAUCCGAAUGGGAUUAUGAAAAGAAUAAAUGGAAAUAAAUCAAGUUUUUCAAUAAUUUUAAACAAAUUUAAUGUAAAAAUUGAAAAAUUAUGAAAUGAGCUCUCAAUGAAUAAUAAGAACAUAUUAGACAGCCAUUGAGAGCUCAUUUCUGGAUAAUAGUGAAUGUGUUAAUAAAAAUUAAGUGUUAAACACUUUUAAUUACUAA